AUGGAGGCGCUUGCCCCUCACGCUUACCCUGCCGUUGCGCAGCGCCGGGGUGCCAGGUCUGCGCCCUCCCGGGCCACCGUGUCAGAGCCUAUGCUUCCCCCUUACGCGCCGGAGCCUGGGGACGAGACCAGGUGCCAGCCGAGAGAGUACUAUGACAAGAGGGUCCAGAUGUGCUGCAGCAUGUGUCCACCUGGCCAGCAUGUGCAAAACUUCUGUACCACGACCUCAGACACCGUGUGUACCCCCUGCGAGGACAACACAUACACUGAGCUCUUGAACUGGGUCUUAGAGUGCUUGAGCUGUGACUCUUGCAGCAGCUCUGACCAAGUGGAAGUUCAAGCCUGCACUCGGAAACAGAACCGCAUCUGUGCCUGCAGGCUGGGCUGGUUCUGCCUGCUGAAGAGGCAGGAGGGGUGCCGGCUGUGUGUGCCACUGCGCAAGUGCCCGCCCGGCUUUGGAGUGGCUAAGCCAGGAACUGCAACCUCGAACGUGAUGUGUGCUCCCUGUGCCCCAGGAACAUUCUCCAACACAGCUUCAUCCACUGACACGUGCAAGCCCCAUCGAACCUGUAGUUCUGUGGCCAUCCCUGGCAACGCAAGCAUGGACACAGUCUGUGGAUCUCUGGCCCCUGCCCUGACAGUGAGCUUGGGGCCAGCCCCAACGCGGUCUACAAGAUCCCAGCACAUGGAGCCCAUUCCAGGACCCAACACAGCUCCGAGCACCUCCCCUUUUUUCCCAUUGGGCCCAAGCCCCCCAGCUGAGGGGCUCAGCACAGGCAACAUCACUCUUCCAAUUGGGCUGAUUGUGGGCGUGACAGCCUUGGGUCUGCUCAUAAUAGUGCUGGUGAACUGCCUCAUCAUGACCCAGAGGAAAAAGAAGCCCUCCUGCUUGCAUGGAGAAGCCAAGGUGCCUCACCUGCCAGCUGAUAAGGCCCGGGGUAUUCCAGGCCCUGAGCAGCAGCACCUGCUGACCACGGCGCCCAGCUCCAGCAGCAGCUCCCUGGAGAGCUCGGUCAGUGCCACGGACAGGAGGGUGCCCCCUAGGAACCAGCCCCAGGCAUCAGGUGUGGGGAAGGCCAGUGGUGCCGGCGAGGCCCGGGCCAGCUGCGUGACCUCAGACCCUGCCCCCGGCAGCUGUGGGACCCAGGUCAACGUCACUUGCAUCGUAAAUGUCUGCAGCAGCUCCGACCACGGCUCCCAGUGCCCCUCCCAGGCCAGCUCCAUGACGGGGAACAUGGACGCCAGCCCCUCGGGCUCCCCAAAGAGUGAGCAGGUUCCCCUCUCCAAGGAAGAGCGCCCCUUCCAGUCCCAUCUAGGGACACUAGAGACACUGCAGCAGAGCUCUGAGGAGAAGCCCCUGCCUCUGGGCGUGCCGGAUGUCGGGAUGAAGACCUGUUAA